AUGGCACGACCUGCACUGCCGGAUGGACGGGCCGGCGGCGUACGACGUCCUCAAGAACUUCGAGCGGCGGUGGCGGAAGGCGACCAGGCUGCGGGAGAUGUUCGGCGGCAAGGCGGCGCACCGGAAGGACGACGCGCUGCUGAAGCUGGAGCGCAUCCCCUGGAUCCUCAGCCCCUCCAAGCGGCGCUCUGCCGCGGCGGGCGGCGCCGCAGACGCCAACGCCGCCGCCGACGACGAGCGGGACCAGCCAGCGCUGCACGUGGUGCCGUACGGCGACUCGGAGCGGUGGCACGCGCAGGUGUUCCGGACUUCCGGUCCGUGGACGCCGGGUCAGUGAAGCGGUUCCCGCGUCCCUGGGAGCGUGCCGAGAUGUCCCGGCGCCACCUGGUCGGCGACAAGAACCUGGCGGUAGAGCAGAGCAUCCACGCGGCGUACGUGGCGGCGAUCCGGUCGGCGGAGCGGUUCGUGUACGUGGAGAACCGGUACUUCAUCGGCGGCUCCUACGCGUGGCCGUCGUACCGGAACAGCGGCGCCUGCAACCUGGUCCCCAUGGAGAUCGCGCUCAAGGUCGCCAGCAAGGUCCGCGGCGGCGAGCCGUUCGCCGCGUACGUGGUCAUGCCCAUGUGGCCCGAGGGCAACCCCGGAUCCGGCCCCGCGCAAGAGAUCCUCUACUGGCAGAACCAGACCAUGGAGAUGAUGUACAGGGUCGUCGCGGCGGCGAUGGAGGGGAAAGAAGGUGGGCACCCGCAGGACUACCUCAACUUCUACUGCCUCGGCAACCGGGAGCCGGCGUAG